AGUGUAUGGUGGUCACGUGAUUGUGUGCUAACUAUGGAGCUUGGAGGCCAUUUUACAACCGGGAAGAUUUAGCCUAUGUUCCCAUAUACCAACAUGCCGGAGAGUUGUUGUUGUUUUGGUUAAUUCAAUGUCAGGCGAAAAGAGAGUGGAUUAUCAUUUCAUAUGUAGAGUUGAAGAUGGGUUCUAUGAUGUUAAUGAAUUACCCUCAAAGAGUGCUAAUCUGUUACCAGAAUAUACAAAUCCUCCAUGGAUGUUGGAACAGGGAUGGACUUUGGAUAUGGAUGAAAAGUCCAAGGCAACUAUUGAAAAGAUGUUAUUGGAAGAACAACAAUAUUUGAAUGGAAAAACAUGGAGUAAACAGUCAAACAUAGUUGAGAAAGUGAAUAAAGUAAUUAAAAUCCCAGAAACUGCGAGUCCACAGAAAUCUCAACCUACAUCAACUAAAGUCAAGUCACAUAGAAAUAAAAGGGCAUGGACAUUAGAAGAAAAGUCAAUGUUCCUAAAUGGCCUUACUAAGCAUAAGGAAAUAUUUUCUGAUCAGUCACAAGCUAAAAAUGAAUCUCCAACGGUUGCUAUCAGUGAAGUUUUGGCAUCAAUGGAGACUGGUCUGCCAACAGUUCAAUGUGUCAAAUCUCCAAAUAGAUUACAUAGGGGUAUAUCAAAUGGUUUAAAGUUCUCAACAAAGUUUCGGGCAGUUAUCAGUGCAUCAAAAACAGUUUCAGAUUUUACAAAGAGCACUGUGAAAACAACAUCAUCCAGUGAAAAUACGACUAUAGAUAUAUUAGACAAUCUUAUAUCCCCUAACAAUGACCUUCUAAACCAAGCAAAUCCUUGUGCUGAAAAUUCUAUAAUUGAUUCUAUGAAUGCUAAUAUUAUGUUUAAAACAGAGAUACCCAAUAAUUUACUCAGUAGUAUGCUAAUAGGUAAUACCAUAAGCAACAGUACAACUAGAUCAAAUCAGUUAAUACCAAGUCAUAUAAAUCCUGAUUUACUGGAUGAUUUCUCAACUCAUUUAAACACUAAUAAUUUAGAUAGCUUUGAUAAACAAACAGAACGCACAUCGCCUGUACAAAAAUUGGGAAAUAUUGAAAAAGAUGGUGAUAAUGAUGAUGAAGAUGUUGAUAUUGAUAUAGAAAAUGAUGAUGAAGAUAACAAUAUAUUAUUAAACAGAUCCACAUCUCCAACAUCAGUAUAUGAAAAGUUAUUACAAUCGGCAAAGGUUGAUUUAUCUGAAAUAACAGAUGAUGAAACAAAUGAUGAUAUCGAUAAAGAUGAGAAAAUUGAUGAGGAAGAGGAUGAAAAUGAUCUUUGUAUUCAUAAAACUGAUUUGAAAGAUAGCAAUAUUAAAUUUGAAGAAGUUAGUAAUUGUAGCAGUGAAAAUCAAAGACAUUUUAGUAGUGCAAGGGAGGAAGUCAGUGAAUCUAAAAUAAAAAUACAAAAAACAUUAGUAAAUGGUGUAAUAUCAUCAAGUGGUGAACUUGUAGAAUUACCCAUACCAACAGCCAAUGUUGAAUUAAACUUUGAUGAAAUAAGUGAAGAAGAACAAACCAUACAUUCAGAAUUUUUUGAUGGUCGACAAUCUAAGACACCAGACCGCUACCUUAAAAUCAGAAACCACAUUAUUGAGUCCUGGUUGAAAAGCAAACCAGUAUAUUUAAAUAAAACAUCUGUAAGAAAGGGUUUGAAGAAUUGUGGUGAUGUCAAUUGUAUUGGAAGAAUUCAUUCCUACCUAGAGUGCAUUGGUGUGAUAAACUUUGGUUGCGAACAAGCGCUAUACAACAAUUUAAAUAAAACUCACUUAUUGACAUACAAGACAGCAGAAAACCCAACAGUAUUUACCACAGAUAAAGCUGAUAUGAGAUUGAGAAAACGAAGAAUUCGAGAUACUACAGGAGAGUGGGUUGAUCUUAAAGUCUUUGAAGGAAAAACUAUUGAGAACACCUCUAGAUGUGACCUAGAAACAAAGCCUAAAAUAAUGAACGUCUCUAGAAAAAGCUAUGAUCCGUUUAAACUUGUUCCUUGUUUAAGUUUUACAGAUGAAAAGAAGGCACCAUUUAAAGUUGAAUUUAAUAACAUAGCUCUUAUUGUAAUGGAUGUACAUGCCCAUAUAUCUAAGACUGAAGUUAUAGGAAUGUUAGGAGGUAUAUAUAAUGAAAAUGAUGCACAAUUAGAAAUUGUUAUGGCUGUACCCUGUAGAAGUAUGAGUACUUGCAUGCAGUGUGAAAUGGAUCCAGUUUCCCAGACUCAAGCUAGUGAAGAAAUAUAUUCCAAGUGUUUAAAAGUAGUUGGUUGGUAUCAUUCCCAUCCUACCUUUUCUCCUAAUCCUUCAAUACGAGAUAUUGAAACACAGAUCAAAUUUCAGGAGUGGUUUAGUAAACUUGGUGGAGGUCAAUUUGUUGGUGUUAUUGUCAGUCCAUACAAUAGACUAAGUACAGGAAAUGAGUCAGAGAUUCAGUGUCUAACUAUAAGUCAAGAUAUUUGUCCACAACUAAAUUGUAAUAUACCUUAUCAGUUUGAUUAUCAAGUUGUCUAUUCCAUAUGGGAUGAUGAUCUAGUGAAUAAAUUUCAAGUUUUAGCAGAACAAUAUUCAACUUGCAACAAUCAAGUUACACUCUCAGGCCUUUAUAAACAAUCAACUGGUAUUUCUUAUUUACAAAAGAUGUUAGAAUCGAUAAAACAGUAUAUCAGUGAUGCAGAGAAGAAAGAAGAAAUUCUAAAUAUGACAUUCAAUAUAUUUCAUGAAAAAAACACAAUGUAGUCCAGUUAUCUAAUACUGAUGUAUAAGUAAUGAUAUUUAUAAAGAUUUCUGAUAGUGAUCAUAUAUACUAAGCAGCAAAAGAAACGUCAGGUUGGUAUGUUACUCUGAAUAGACGUAUUGCAUAAAACUGGGCAAAUGUUUUUAUUGUAUAUUUGUGACCAUAUUUCCAACCUUACCUGAACAAUAAGGGUCCUUCCCAAACACAGAAUUGAACCCAGGAAAUGUUCUCAAAAACGUAACCUGACUUCUGAGAUGGUAAUGUAUUCUCCAUGACUUUCAUGUAACUCAUGCUGCACGUGCUGUUCACCGGGACCAGCCCCAUAAAAUGCAUCCCCCAUGGGGCCCAUACCUGGUUGAAUCAUUCACACUACGUCAGCAGCAUGCCACAACUCACGACAGCUAAGGGGAACCAAGCGCUUGGAAGACUCGACGCUGGCCACAAUGCCUAAGCCAUUGUCAAUCACUUCCAGGUCAAUGUUCGGACCAUCUACAGGCUUCAGAACACUUUCGGGCCACAAGCACCACGGAUGAUUGCCCCUGAAUUGGUAGACCACACGGAAGACCCAUCAGUACCGAUACAGUGCGCCAACCCAGACAGAGAACAUCCAUUUCCAUAGACCUUACCAUGGACCGAUCCUCACUCCUCGCCAUCGAUGUGAAUGUCGACAGUUUGACCAACAACACCAGAACUGGCGACACAGGCAAUGGAGAACUGUUCUUUUCACAGAUGAGAGUCGGUAUUGCGUAUCAACUGCAGAUGGCAGUACCAGAAUAUGGCGUUGGCAUUGACAUGGCCAGAGUUAUUCUGUCAUGGAACGAGACUCAUGGGGAGGUCCAAGCAUAAUGGUUUGGGGUGGAAUCGGCCUGAACCAGAGAGUGCGUCCUGUGGUGUUCCAAAAUCUUGGUCCAGGGAGAGGAGGCGGCAUCACAGCCGUGCGCUACAUCGAUCAAGCUCUCAGACCCCACAUUUCACGCAUCAUCGAAACAACGUUUUCCAGCAUGACAACGCCCGUGCCCACACUACCAGAGUUACUCGGGACUUUCUACAGCAGAACAGUGUCAACGAUAUGCACCGGCCAGCCAUUAGUCCGGACUUAAACCCGAUUGAACAUCUUUGGGAUGAAAUUCAGAAAAGACUUAAUAACGUCGUACCGAGACCAAACGCAGCCAGUGGAUUGCGCCAGGCUUUUCUGAGAGCGUGGUUCCAGGUGCCCAUGGCGUUCAUCAAUCGUCUGGUCCACUGCAUGUACAGACGCUGCACUGGUGUUAUUGACACUCGCGGUGGACACAUCAGAUAUUGAUGUAUAGACUGUGUACGAACUCUAAACCUUCUCGUAAUGUCUUGAAAUUGUGAUGAAUUAAUCACAAAGAAAUGCUUUCAUCCAUUCAGUAAGUUGUUUUCUAGAAUGAUUUGAUUAAAGUGCCUCUCUGAUUUUGAAAUCGUACUGACGUUUUUUUUUUGCUGUUUAGUAUAUUAUUACCAGACAUGUCGCUCUCUGUUCUCUGAUUGACUAUCUAUAUCAUCAUAAUAUAUUUAUUAUAUCACGUAAUAGACACCUAAUUUAUCAUUGUGUUACUGUUUAGUUUUUUCACUUCAGGAAUCUGAUUAAAGUGGCUCAUUCUGUCUAAAUUUUGCAGGUCUUUCUUCUGGUUUGUCUGCGAUAUCACCUCGGUGGAAGCGGACGUUAAAUAAAACUAACUCACACACUUCUGGUUUAAAAUUCAAUACAAGCGCAUAAUCAACUCUCUAGACCAUGGGAUAUGGAUUAGACAAUCCCAGCCCAUGCAUAUCUGCCGUAAAUGAUAAUAUGGCCACUGCCCAAAACUGUUCAACUGUUUGUGUAAAAUAUUUACAAAAGUAUUAAACAACAGACUACUAUCCUGGUGUAAUUUAAAUAAUAUUAUCCAUGAGUAUCAAGCUGGGUUCCGCCAAAAAUACUCAACUGUCUAUAAUGUAUUCUCCUUACAAGGUAUUAUAAGUAAAUAUCUAUCGAGAAAAGGGGGGCAAAUAUAUCUGCUAUUUUUGGACUUCCACAAAGGGUUUGAUUCCGUCCAGCAUGACUUGUUCUGGGUCCGCAUGAUGGAAGCAGGUAUCCAUGGAAAAUCCAUCAAUAUCAUCAGAAACAUGUAUUCUAACUGACUUCUUUGCAUGUAAUGCGGGUACCAGACAAGGCUGUAUAUUAAGCCCGUUAUUAUUUUCGCUCUUCAUAAAUCUAUAUGUCAUUGAGUUUCAAAAUAAGAAAUGUAAUGGUAUCUUUGUAUCCAAUGUAUUUCCCAAUGUAUUCUCUUUACUAUUUGCCGAUGACAUCGGAAACAUCGCCGAUACUGUGUUUAAUCUAAAACACCAAAUUAACUGUCUAACAUCAUUUUGUGAGAAAUAUGGAAUGUCCAUCAACACCCAAAAAACCAAGAUACUUGUAUUUAGAAAUGGUGGUCCACUGAGAGCAUAUGAAAAAUGGAGUUACAAUAAUGUCCCAAUAGAUACCGUUUCUUUCUACAAAUAUCUAGGGGUUGUGUUCUCAACAAAACUUAAAUGGUCGAAAACAAAAGAAGUUCAAAUUCUACAAUCCGAGAAAGUUAUUAAUAUGAUGAAAUGUAUAGACAAAAAGUGUCAAGGUAUCAAUCUUAGUUGUGCUGUACAAAUAUUUGAUAAAAUGAUCCUUCCAAUUUUAUUGUAGGGCUCCGAGAUAUGGGGGCAUUCUUUUUGUACAAAAAUAGAAAAUGUCCAUUUAAAAUUCUUCAAAUAUGUAUUAAAACUGCCUCCUCAUACUAGUAACUCUGCUGUUUUAGGUGAACUCGGGAGAUCUACCUUUUAGAUGUAUCAGAUAUUGAGUUAAACUUUUAUGCAUGCCAGACCAUCGACUUCCCAAACAAACGUAUGUAAUGCUACAUAACUUGGAUAUGAAUGGCAGGAAAACAUGGGCAAGCGAUGUUAAAAAUCUACUAUUUAGGUAUGGCUUUGGUAUAGUAUGGAUUUCCCAAACAAUAGGAAAUUGUGCUGAAUUUAUUUACCUAUUCACGCAGAAAAUCCGUGAAUGUUGUACUCAAGAAUGGCACUAUUCCUUAUAUGAAAACUCAAGACUUGUUUAUUAUAGCCAAUUAAAAGUAUGCUUGGCCUAGAACCGUAUUUGCUAUCAACAUAUGACAAGAAAUUUAAGCGUGCGCUUAUUAAAUUUCGUUGCGGAUCGUACCUGUUUAUGAACACGCUUUGUAAAUGGCGUAAAUUGCCAGAGGAUUACACUAUUAUAACAUUGUAAAUAUUAGUCAUUUUCUAUACUAAACUGUUCCUUUCUUUUUCUACUUUGUGCACCACUCUAUUUAUUGUAUCUAUAUGUUUUCCAUAAAUCUAUAAAGUAUUAUUUAAUGGUUAAAAUUGAAAUAAGUGUACAUAAUUUUCACUUCCAUAUGCUAAAUUUUUACUAUGGCCGUAAGGCUUCAAUACAUGAAUAAAGAUUAUUAUUAUUAUGGUCAGCGCUCUUUUAGUUAUCAAGCACCUGUUUUAUGGAAUAAUCUACCAUUAAGAUGUUGUACAUCUCUAUAUUCUUUUAAAAAAAACAACUUAAAACACAUUUAUUUAAUCAGGCUUUUAACUGACUCUGUAUACAAUUGUUAACAUGUCCAUAAUCUUGUUCUUUAUUUAUUAUUGUCACUUUGUAAAGUGCCCCUGAACAUGUUAUAUGAAAGGGCGCACUAUAAAUAUGCUGUAAUAAUAAUAAUAAUAAUAACUAGACCUGCAAGCAGCACUGAACCGGCUUUCAGGAAUCAGACAGGAAGUGUGUCAUACAAUAGCCCAUUUAUCGAGCUACCAAACGAUACUUUAGAUGUUUUGAUCCGGUCACACCCGACCGUGAAAUCCUGAUUGUUCCAAGAGCACCGAUAUUUUUACUGUCUUUUUUUUUUUAAAUAUCGAAUAUUUUUUUGACUACUUCCUGUUUACAGAUCAUUAUCGGGAUAGAUUUAACAAGUGGUAGGGAACUUAACUUCCUGUACCAGAAGUUUCAGAAAGAUCCAUUGGACAGUUUUACCUCCCUUAUACCACUAGAAACAGAUUUACAGAUAUAACGAUUUUUCGACUUUUUUCAAAGAUUGUGGCCCUUUUGGACCAUUUAUACUAUAUUGAGGCUUUUAAAUUUGGAUUCACAGCCCAGACCAGCGUUAGAACUCUAAGUAACAGAAGUUUAAGAAAGGAAAUAAGAGUAAUUUUCGAGAUAAAAGCGUCUGAAUAGGCUCCAAAAAGGAAAAUACUAGACUUUCAGCAUCUUAUAAUAUAUUACCUAACCAGCGAUUUUUUACCAUUGAGAUGUCAUAAGAUUGUCCAUUGUUCGGGCUAUCCAAUGACACUUUAGUUGUUUUGAUUCGUUGAAAUAUGGCGUUGUAAUCACUUUUUUCGCAAGAUCACCAUUUUUUACUUUUUAAGUUUGUUUUUUUCAAAAUAUCGGAUAUUUUUUUUGACUAGCUAUUAUAGUAUAAUUAUACACGUGAAAUAACAAGGGUCUGUAAUUGCAUCAAGUCUGUAGUCUCCAACACCCACAACCCCCUUAUCUUCAACGUACAGGAGGGGUUUUAGACUGUUGUCAAUAUUUCACGAAAAGUUCCCUUGCCCAUGCCUAACCGGGAGUUGUUUUGUUGUUUUUUAGAUGGUUGUUUAUCCAAUAUACAGUAUGCAGUAGCCCCAUUCCCUAAAUUUUGUCGAGAACUUCCCUUUACAGCACAGCUAGUAUGACAUUAUGGGACUAAAUUAUCGUUUGGUAGCUGAUGUGGCUAGAUGGAUGUAGAACACUAUUAAUUUAGCAUAUUUCGGUAGUGCCGGUUAUUUUUAGAUAUAUUUUUCUCCCUCCUUUUAUGGCAUAUUGUUUGCCUAUCUGUAUUGACAUUUUCGUGUAGAAUUGAUGAAGAGGUAUUGAAUAUCUAUGUUCUGCCUGAUUUGGUGUCGGUCUCGUUUCUUUUUUUGCCAUUUUGAUUGCCUAUCUGUAUUGACACUUGGGUGUAGAAUUGAUGAAGAGGUAUUGAAUUUCUACUUUCUGCCUGGUUUGAGACUUUUAUGGCGUAAGAAUACAACAAGUCAAGAA